AUGCCUGUUGUCAACACUUCACCAAUAAUCAAGAAAGAGUGUGAAAAAGUUACAAUCAAUGAUACCGAAAGUAAUACGGAGAGAAUAUCAUACUAUGAGUCUUUAAUAGCUAUUUUAAUAACCAUUUACAUGAUUAUUAUUAUGAUUAUUCUCGUCNACUUUCAAUUGAACACAACGAUCAAAUUCGUCGACUACAAAGAAGUCGCUUGUUCUUUGUCCUUAGUGCCCGAGGUUCGUGUCAUACAUGAUUUCCAUGGUAACCUCACAAGUAUAAUCAACGAAAAAAAACGAUUUUGCCACAUCAUGCCUAUUAUACGCACAAUAUUGUUUCCACCCGUAUCACUUUCUGAUUUGAAGAUCAAAGUGACCAGCCACAAUUACGCCAAAGAGCUCGAAAAGUUCACGUGUAAUAGUGUUUGGGUCAAACUAUCAGUUGAUGAUCUUACUGCUUAUGGAGGACACAUUCCUGAAACCUGUGCUGACUAUGACAUUUUCAUAAUUAUGGAAAAAAUGUAGACCACUACAGGUAUGUAAACUCUUAAUCAUUUAUUAAUAUACAUUGCAAAAUAUAACAUAAAAAUUAUAUAUUUAUCUUUAAUUUUAAUUUUUUUUAUAGGUGUUUAAUUAAUUUAUUGUUGCGUUUAGAACCUUACUUAGCCGAGAUUAAUUUUCGGAUUUAACCUUUACUUUAAAUGCUAAACUAUCAAAAAAUACAUUCUCCUACUUUCGAUACUUGUUCAUAUUGUUACGUAUACAGGAAAAUGUCUCAACAGCCUGAUGUUUCAUUAUAUACUUUUAACAACUGUUAUCUAUCCCCAUUAAUACAUCUCUUUUAAUUAUAAUUUAGUAUGUAUACGUUUAUUCCAAUUUAUAUAUAUACGUUAUAUACGAGAUAAUAUUAAAAUGUAAUGUAAAGUAACUUUAAACCCUCAUAUUAUUUUACAAGGAAAUUUGCAUAUAUUAAAAUUUUUUUGGAAUAUAUAAGUACCUAUUAAAGGCAAGUCCCAUUUUUUACUAUUCAUUAUCUAGUUACAUAAGUUCCUCUUUUACGUUGUUCCUAUUAUAAUUUUGUGUUGUCAAAACUAAAAGUUCAAAAACGAACGAUCUAUGUACAGAAGUAUAGUUUCUGAUCAAACCAAAUUUCUUUAUAGAUGACCAAUACAUAUUAAGUGUGUUAUAAACUUCCUUUUUACGCAACUCACUUGCUACAUUUACACCUAAAUCUUAUUAGUGUUUGUUCAACAACAAGAAAUUUCCAAAAUGUACUUAUCUAACAGAACUGUUUUAUCAAUAUUCUUAGUCUUAAUUAGUGUUUUAAUUUAUCAUUUUAAACCUAAGUACUUAUUUAAUAUUUUAGAUUCUUUUUUUGCAUUCUUUAGUUAUUAAUACCAAUCUGUUUAACAGAAAUAACUUAUAAUUCAAAUUGAUUGGCCUAUAAUGAUGCAUAUUUUCAGGUGUUAUGGAUUCAGAUUUCAAGUUAGUGAAGACAUAUAGAUUACAAGAUAGUUGCAAUGAUCAACGAUUUUCAGACGAAAUCACACACAACAACCCAAAAACUUUAAUAGAUUUGUUUAUCG